GUGAUUUCUCAUUUUUGAUGUCAGUAGCGGUUUGGGUUUGUAGUGGUUGUGAUUUUUGUGUUAUAAUGCAGAUUUCAAAUCGAAUUUCACGGUAUGUUACCCUGGCAAUCAUCAUAGGAGAAGUACUUACUGCAGAUGAUGACUACAAUGUGCUCAACAGGGACGGCUCCUAUGAAUUCGGUUAUAAUAAUCCUGACUCAUACCACUACGCGGAUGCCAACAGAAAUAAAGUAGUCAAAGGGGAAUUCGGAGGAAGAAAUCCCGAAACAGGUGCCAUAGAUUCCACAAUCUACACAGCGGGACCACGUGGAUUCAGACCAAGAGGUAAAAACGUCGUGCGAAAAUAUGAUCUCAAUCAAGCCGGACCUAGGGGAACAGGUGUGUCUCUUGAUGACCCCUACGAAGAUCCCAGCUAUCACUUUUCCUUCAGGACGAGAACUUAUACUAGAAACGAAGAUGCAAAUAGAGUUGGAGAUGUAAAGGGGAAGUACUCCUAUGUCGACGAUGUCGGAGAAAAACACAAUGUGGAGUUUGUUGCAGGCAAGAAUACUGGAUUUCACGUGAAGACACCUUUUCCUGACUCAAAUCCAAGAUCGUAUGGGCCUUUGUAUUUCAGAGGACGUGGCAAGCCUAUUCCAAGAGGAAGAACUUCAAUUCAGAGGGGGCUUGAUGGAAGUUACAAAUUCGUCUCGGCAGGGCCAGAUCAAAGACGGACAGAGACUAGUGAUUCUACUGGUCACGUAAGAGGUUCCUACACAUACCUGGAUGAUAAAGGAGUUCAGCACUCUGUACAUUAUAUCGCUGGUCCAGAGACAGGUUAUCGAGUCCUCAAGCAAGUGAAAGGACCUCACCUACCCACCGUGUUUCCAUUUGAACAUCCAGGAAUUAUUCCUCCAGACUUCUACGACUACGACAGGGACGUCUUCGAUACCGCAGCCAGUGGGCAUGUGAAACCCAGCAGCCACGUGAAACCUGGUGGUCGACCUGGUGCAAAUGAUGAAGGAAACGCUUCAGAUGAAGAUGAUGAUUUUGGAUUCGGGGACAAGAAACCAUCAGGUGGUAAACCCAACAAAGUCAAGCCUUCAUUUGGGGAUGAUUUCGACUUUGGUAGCAAGAAACCUUUCAGUGGUAGGCCAAGCAAUAAACCGUCUUAUGAUGAAGACGACGAUGAUCACUUAGAUGACAUUUUUGGCAGUGGAAACUCCCUUCCAAAACCUGGGAGUAGUUAUAAACCUAUUACUGGCAGCGGCGAAGAUGACGGUUCCUAUAAGCCUUCUGGCGAAAAUGGAGCUUACAUACCACCAACUCCAAGCUACGGAAGCAGUACAUCUAGUCGACCUAGUGGUCCUGGAUUUUCUAGUGGAAGUUCUGAAGAAUCAUAUGGCAAACCAUCAUUAUCUACCCCACGACCUCGACCCAUCUUCAGUGGAAUUUAUACUGGUAAUAAAAAACCAUUAGAUAGUUCGGAGUCAGGUUAUGAUAGUGGAAGUAAAUCUCCUACAGGAUUUGGAGAUAGUUACUCUCCAAUCGAUGGUAAUUAUGGGCUGUUCGGAAGUGAAAGUAGUCACCCUCGACCACCGUAUAAAGGCCCUUCAAUAAGUGUUGCUGGAGAGAAUUGUCCAAAAUGUACGGGUACCUUAGUUACAAAUGUUGGUGAUAGAGUAUUCUCCGUACCUCCAGGAGUCUCUAUAAGGGCUCAUGUACAAGCUAUAGACUUGUUACCUCUGAAUUCAAAUGUACCUUCUCCUAGCGAACAAUAUAAGGCCGACCUUGUCCUUAAAACUGAGCAGCUGAACGCAGAGGAAGAUGGAGUUGUCAAAAGAAAUGAAACUAGCACCACAACAGAAGAAUCAACCACUCAAUUAGUUGCUACAACUAUAUCUACAACGAACACAACGACAACAUAAAAUAUGACAUGUAGUUAUAGCUAUAGAUAAUUGUACAUUAUUUAAAUAAACUAUUUAUUUGAUUCAGUGAA